AUGGAUCAGGCCGUCAAUGCCAAUCCUCCCUUUACAUCGCAUUUGGAUCUUUCGAAUUCCAGCCUGGAAGUGAAGGUUGUUCAUAUUAAACUUUGGUAUCACACCCGAGCUGAUGGUGCUUGUCUUUUAGACAUCUCAAAAGUAUCGAAGAUCUCUGUCGAAGAUCAUCUCGAUCAGAUCGCUGAUCUCUACGUAGGGACAAAAAAUUCCUAUGGUAUUAAAUUUACUGGUCGUCAGAAUACACAAUAUAUUGAAGUGUACCCUAAAACUGAGAUUAAGAACGAUUUUCUCUCUAACGGUGUGCUGUAUGAAAAAUUUAACGUUAGACUUCUUCCAUUUGGUCCUACUGAUGUGCUUUUAGACAAUAUUAGAACCACUUUAGAAAGACAUGGUAAAGUUUUGGACGUAUCAUUAAAUUAUGAUACCCGCAAAGAUUGGUUUUUGGGUUCUGGUUCGGCCGUUAUCCAACAACUGAAGGAUGUGUCGAUACCGUCACGAUAUGGACAUAAGUCCGCUGAUUGCGACAAUCCCAAGUCUAAGAAGGCUACCGCUAUUAAAAGUAAGAAAUUUAAGAAAGUUAGAAAAACUUCUGUAGGUCUUGAUCGCCCAGCUGAACCUUCGGUUGGACUUUUAAAAUCUAAAUGGUCCCCUCAAGCUGAUAAAGAAACUGCUGAAGAUAAAUUGGGCAGGAAAGAAGGUGGUCAAAAGAAUAAGAAGAACACUAUUCUUGAUAUAAACUUUACAAAAGAUGAUGAUAUGUCAACUAGUGAUGAGAAUUAUAUUUCAGGGGAUGAAGAUGAAGGGGAUUCUGAUGCCUCCAUAGAUUAUGUUAGUGACGGUGAGAUAGAUCAACCUACUAACCCUACGUCUGAUAAUAAUGACAACCCCGUCGACAUUACCUUAAAAAAUUUUGUAAGCUCCACCCCAGCCAAACAUUCACUUAUGGAUAAUAAUGGAGCAAAAAUUUCUCAGAGAACUAAUGCUGAUGUUUCCUUUCGUAAACCAGAUGAUGAUAAUGGUGGCUAUAUAAUUCAACAGGAGAAUAAUCCUUCAUUGAACCAAUCGAAUUCUAAUAAUCAAUGA